AUGCCCAAAGUCUUCCUGGUAAAGCGGAGGAGCCCGGGGGUCUCAGUCCGCAGCUGGGAUGAGCUCCCGGACGAGGAGAGGGCGGACACCUACAUCCCAGGCGCGGCCCCUCCCUUCCCGGCGGGUCUGGGCCGCCUGCUCUGCGACCCCCCCGAGGACUGCCGCAGCGACGGCGGCAGCAGCAGCGGCGGCGGCAGCAGCAGCUGCGCGGGGGAGCCCGGGGGCAACGAGAGCAACUCGUCCGCACGCACCCCCGAGCGCGAAACCCCGGAGCCCGCCGAUGCCGAGGACCCCGGCGGACACCUGGCGGCGGAGCAGCGCCCGGUCGCCAGAUCGAAAAUCAAGUUCACCACAGGCACAUGCAGCGACCCGGCAGUUCACAGCUGUGACCUGUGUGGCAAGAGCUUCCGCCUACAGCGUAUGCUCAACCGGCACCUCAAGUGCCACAACCAGGUGAAGAGGCACCUGUGCACCUUCUGCGGCAAGGGCUUCAAUGACACCUUUGACCUAAAGAGGCACGUCCGCACACAUACAGGCAUUCGCCCCUACAAAUGUGAUGUCUGCAACAAAGCCUUCACCCAGCGCUGCUCCUUGGAGUCCCACCUGAAGAAAAUCCACGGGGUGCAGCAGCAGUAUGCCUACAAGCAACGCCGGGACAAGCUCUACGUCUGUGAGGAUUGUGGCUACACAGGCCCCACCCAGGAGGACCUGUACCUGCACGUGAACAGUGCCCACCCGGGCAGCGCGUUUCUCAAAAAGACAUCCAAAAAACUGGCAGCCCUUUUGCAAAGCAAGCUGACAUCCACCCUCCAGGGGAAUGCCAACCUGAGCGAGGAGGAGGAAAAGUGA